CUUAAAUAAAUAUGUAUAUAUAUUAUUAUUAACUCAAUUUAAGCGAUAAAGUUUUUUAAAUAGCCAAAAGAGUCGGCUCUUACUAGUGAUUCCACUCAGCCCAUUGUUGUGACUCACUGAAAAGUGACAGCCAUCAGACUGUACAACACGUAGCCACCCCCUCCCUUGACCUUACUUUUGACUUUUGACUACACUGCAAAUACACUGCUACACUGUUUUCAUAUGGGUACCAUACUGUACUUUUUGUACUGCUCACACAUCACAUCACUGCUUCAAAGCUUUUGUUAUAUGUCCACACUGAUCAUACCAUACAGCUGCAAUAUGAAUAUAGUAUUGUACAUAUGCGAUAUGUACAUGGGCUACUUGUAUAGUGGGACUGUACAUUGUUACUUGCUGUAUAUACUGUUCGUGUGUGUGUGUGUGUGUGUGUGUGUAUAAAUAAUGUAUAUAGAGUUUGCACUUCUAUACAUAUUUAUACAUCCCUGUAUUGUUCUCCUUACUAUCUCUUUUAACUCUUCUUUGUUUUCUUUUUUUUGGCUCCUGCUGUGACACCCUAAUUUCUCCAUCUGGGGAUUAAUAAAGUAUUAUCUUAUCUUAUCAUAAAACACACACACGCACACACGCAGCCUGAUGUUAGAGUGUAUGACCGCUAGUGGGCGCUCAGUACAGCGCGUUAUUAUAACACAGACCGGUCUUUCUUUCCUAUACUCCGUGACAUGAAACACGCCCCUCGACACGCCUCCACCGAGUCCACUGACGCUGUGAUUGGCCAGUGGUCGCUAAGCGCCUGCACGCGACGCGUCAGAAAAAAUGUGAAAGCAGAGUGCGCGCGCAUUAAAAGCAGAGAUGACCAUCAGCACACUGAGAGGAGGAGAGCAGCGCGCGCACAUGGCCUGUUUCACCAAGAUGGAGAGGAUGAUCGUGUCCAUGCAGGAUCCAGAUAUGGGAAUGAAGAUGAGAAAUCAGAGACUGCUCAUUACACUCAUACCUCACGCCAUGACCGGAAGUGAUGUUGCUGAAUGGCUGAUAAAGAAAUAUAACAUCACAGAAGAAGAGGCGUUACAUAUCGGAAACCUCUUGGUGAAGUACGGAUAUAUUUACCCGUUAAAGGAGCCUCGGAACCUGUGUCUGAGACAAGACGAGUCACCGUAUCGCUUUCAGACUCCGUAUUACUGGACGUCGAGCCGCUGGCCUGCCACAGAACUGGAUUACGCUAUUUAUUUGGCGAAGAAGAACAUUCGCAAGCAAGGAGAACUGAUAGAGUACGAAAAGGAGUGCUAUAACACCCUGCAUAAGAGAAUCAAUCACACCUGGGAUUUUGUGGUGAUGCAGGCAAGAGAGCAGCUCAGGGCAUCGAAACACCGUCGGAAAUCCGAUCGCAUUGUGCUGGAGUGUCAGGAGCAAGCGUACUGGCUGGUCAACAGACCCCCUCCAGGUGCUAUGGACAUUCUGGAGUUCGGUCCUGAGAGACGGAACGCUGCUAACACAAAAGUACAACUGAACGCUGAAUUCUACAGGAGAGAGAUUGAGCAAAUCAGGAAAAACCUGGGACGAAGGAACCGAAUGAAGUCCUCUGUUUGUCUGGAAAGUUUUGUUAAGUACAGUGCCCAGUACCUGAACCAUGACCCCAUUAUGCAAGGCUGCCUUCCCAGCAACCCCUGGAUCACAGACGACAUCAUGUUGUGGAAUAUCAACUCAGACAUGGUUGCCAUGCCGACAAAACUCCGUGUGGAGCGUUGGAGCUUUAGCUUCAUGGAGCUGUUGAACGACCCGAUGGGCAGAAAAGAAUUCCUCACUUACCUGGAGAAAGAGUUCAGUGCGGAGAAUCUGUGCUUCUGGCAGGCGUGUGAGGACCUGCGACACGGAGACACUUCCAAAAUCCCAGAGAAAGUGGAUGAGAUUUACACGCAGUACCUCGCUCCCGGAGCCGCACACUCGGUCAACAUCGACGGUAAUACGAUGGCCGUCACUCUGGAGGGAAUGAAGAACCCGAAUCGCUUCGUCUUCGACAGCGCACAGAUGCACAUCUACGUCCUCAUGAAGAAGGACUCAUACAGUCGCUACAUAAAGUCUGAACAGUACAAGAGCUUGUUAGCGAAAGCUGUAGUACCACAGGAAACAAAGAAGAGUGUGUUUCCGUGUAUGCGUCGUCAGCGAAAUUCAAGCUACGCACCAGCUCUGGUACAAACAGGAGAUGAAAAUGGGAAGACCAACGCUGGAACUGCUUCACAGAUUUAAUCACACACACACACACACACACACACACACACAAUUAAAAUAUAGCAAUAAUUAAUAAUAUGCACUAAAUCACAUUUCUAAUCUCAGUUUCUAAGAUUUUUCUCACGAUAUAUUAUUCAUCAUUCUUUAUUAUUUAUCAGUGUAUUACUCUGUCGUUUAGUUCACACUAAAUACAUGAAUAAGAGUUUUUAUCUAAUCUAAUCUAAUCUAAUCUCACUGAUUCUUCAUGACGUGAGCACUGAGGAAGUAGUAUGUUGAGGAGACGUGAAGGUAAAUCGGUAAUAAAGCUUCUGUAUGUG